AUGCCUUCUCAACCCCCACUGCCGCCCCUCCUCGCUCCAUAUGUAUCAACUCUUCCCGACUCAUCCCUCACAUUAAUCUCUUCUAUUCUUGGUGCAACGUCGAACUGGCUGGUCCUGAGGUUUUUAUAUGCUGCGUUGAGCUCAGCCAGUCCUAACGCGGCAUUUGGCUUGGACGAGCUGCAGAAUGGCGCCAAGAAGAAGGUAGUGCUGGUGAGCUUCAUGCGCAGUUAUGAUUUCUGGAAGACGGAGGCGAAGAGACUGGGCCUUGACCUCACACGUCUGGCAGAUAAGAAACAAUUCGCAUUCGUAGAUGGAUUGUCUGAACUAUUCUACGCACCAGCAGCCACAGCCACUCCUGCUAGUGUCUCACCGGCUGGUAUGGGAAGCAGCCCACGCACAACCCUUCCCAUGCGGUCUCCACCUGGUGCUGUGCCUGGAAGGUCACCGCAGCCGGUGAGACCGACAGCUACAGCAGUAAGAGGAAAUCUGGCGAAGCCAGCGGAGUCUGGAAUUGCAAAGAAGCUCCAUUUCACUGGCCGUGGUCUCGCUUCCCUCGACGCACUGGAAGCCGAUAUCUCCUCGGUGAUUGAGCAGCAGAAGAGCUCAAUGGAAGAUGGGGAUGAGCUUCUACUCAUUAUAGACCAGCCUGACUUGCUCCUUGCGGCAACAAGUCCCAGUAUGGGAAUUGGUGCAACAGAGAUGGCGGAGUGGAUCACAGGGCUACAACAGCGUGCACAUGCUACAGUUUUGACGUUGGCUACGGAUGCACCGUUAAUACACAAUGCAUCUACAAUGUCUGGGCAGUUGGCGACGCCCAUAGAGACCGAACAUGCGGCACUUGCUAUCGGGCUGGCGCAUCGGGCUCGGUCGGUAAUGCAGCUCCGCACUCUGGAUACAGGGGCAGCAAAGGAUGUGAGCGGAGUGCUGCGAAUCAGCCGAGGUGGUGGAAUGAUCACCGAAGAGGACAACCUGGAGGAGCGAGAGGCAUUGUACUUCAUCCAACGGGAUGGGGGUGUCAAGGUAUUCGGGCGUGGGGAAUCAUGA